UGCAUGCGAGUGGUUGCGUUCAAAGUUCGUAAUAAUAUGGCACCAAAAAAGAAGCUACUUUCUAUUAAAGAGAAAAUGCAAGUUAUUAAUGUUUUCGAAAAAGAAAAGUUAUCAGUACGUGGAAUUGCAAAAAGGUUCAAUAUUGGCAAAACGCAAACUGCUGAAAUUAAUAAAAACAAAGAAAAAAUUCGUUCUAAAUGGGAGUCUGGAUCUAAUAUUCACCAAAAGCGAAGUUUCCUUAAAGAAGGCGGCUCGGAAAUAGACAGGAUGUAUUUUCAUUGGUUCGCUAAGGCUAGAAGUCAAAAAAUUCCGAUUUCUGGUCCCAUUUUGAAAGCAAAGGCAAUGGAAAUUGCAGGAAAACUGGGUGUACCUAAUUUUAAAGCUUCGGAUGGAUCGCUAAAUAAAUGGCGAUUAAGGAAUAAUGUUUCCUUCAAAUGCAUAUCUGAAGAAGCUGCAGAUGUGAAUCAGGAUGAUGUCGAACAGUUUCAGACAAAGCUGCAAACUCUGUUGAAUGGGUACAAGCCUGAAGGCAUUUACAACGCCGAUGAGAGUGGGCUAUCAAUGAGCUAUCAAAGGAAAGACUCACAAUUUUGUUCUGUGCUAAUAUGGCUGGAGAUAAGGAGCCGCUUUUGGUUAUAGGGAAAGCAGCCCGUCCUCGAUCCUUUAAACAUGUUCCAAUUGCAAAACUUCCAGUGGAUUGGAAGUCUAAUAAAAAAGCAUGGAUGACUCGAGAAGUGAUGAGCGAAUGGCUGCAGCAGUUCAAUCGAAGAAUGAAAGCCCAGAAUCGAAAAAUUAUCUUGUUUCUAGAUAACGCGGCUUCUCAUCCAAAGGAAUUAGACUCGACCAACAUAAAAAUUUGUUUCUUUGCCACCAAAUACAACGGCAGUUAGCGAACCCCUUGAUCAAGGUAUAAUCCAAAAUUUUAAAACUUUGUAUGGAAGCUUAGUUUUAAAACACUUGAUAACUAAAAUUGGCGAUACAAGUUCUGCCUCAGAGCUCUCAAAAUCGAUUAAUGUACUGGAAGCUGUGUAUUUUAUCAAAGCAUCUUGGGAUAAAGUGGAAGCCACAACAAUCCGAAACGGCUUCCGUAAAGCAGGAUUUUUGGAAACCUUAGAGCAUCCUUCAGAUUUUGAUACCGAAGAUGACAUUCCACUGGCAGUCUAUGCUAGGCUUCAGGAAGGACUAGAUUUGGCAAAUGAUUUUGAAGGUUUGUCCAAAUAGAUCAAAAUGUUUUCACUAAGGACAACAAUAUAGAAAUUCAAUUUGACCAACCAGAUGAUACUAUGGACUUAAGUGAUUCAGAAGAUGAACCUUCAGAAGAAAUAAGUGACCCCAUAACAUCAUAUGAUGAGACUUUAAAACUUGUUGCGCGCUUGAAACAAUUUGCAAAAAAUUACUAUGUAGUUUUUCAGCAGGUUAAAAAUAUCGAGAGUCACUUUGAAAAUGAAAAUUUCAAAUCAAAGGAAUCAUUGUUAAAACAAACAAGCAUCACACAAUUUUUUUUUAUCAAACUAGUCGAUAUUGAAAUGUAAAGACUUGUACAAUGUAUUUAAUUGAUAUAUUUAUGUAUGUAUGUAUAUGUAAUACAAGUAUUUAAAUAUUCCUUACUUCGAAAAAUUUCUUAAAUAAACUACAAUGAAUUUUAUAUGUAUAGUAUAUAUUUUUUGACCUCAUCCCCUAUAAGCGGACAUCUCUCAUAACCGGACAAAAACACUGCGACCGUGAGUGUCCGGUUAUGAGGAAUUUCACUGUAUAUAUAAACU